AUGGAUAUGCCUGAGAGAUUUCAACUCAACGAUAGGGUGAAUGGUUGCGACUCAAGACACCUGGAAAUAAAAUCUGAAGAAAAUCACAUGACGGAGUCGCCAGCUGGGACGUCGCAGCACGGCAAGCAAUUAGGAGUGUCAGCGAAGAGUAAAGCGGAAAUAAGGAAGAGCAACAAACCAAUAAUGGAGAAAAAACGUCGUGCCAGGAUUAACAACUGCUUGGAACAGUUGAAGAAGAUACUUUUGGAGAACGUUAACAAAGAUUCGGCGCAACAUUCAAAACUGGAGAAAGCUGACAUUCUCGAGAUGACGGUGAAACAUCUGCAGCAGAUUCAGCGACGGCAAUUAAUAAUGGCGGUGUCGAUGGAGCGUUCGGUGACGGAGAAAUUUCGCACGGGAUUUUCCGAAUGUGCAUCGGAAAUUAAGAGUUUCAUUAGUCAAAUGCCCGAUUUAGAUCCUGCGGUGCGACAACGUCUCUCAAAUCACUUGGAUGCGUCAGUGGCAAAAGUUCAGACAAGUACCCCCAGCAGUUUGGAGAGUAAAAACGGGAAUCAUCAAUGGAAUCAAGGCAAUUUUAAUCAAAUUCAUGCGAAUGAGCCGCCUUUUCUCGAUGACUUGAACAAUAAUCAACGAUUACAAAUGGAUCUCGUACCAACGCGCCUUCCCACGGGUGAAAUUGCCUUCGUGAUGCCCAAUAGUAGUCACCUAAAUGUACCAAAUAACGCAUCUGGCAUGCGGUUUAUGUCCUCAAACACCUCCACGCCGCGUCUCAGUGCUUUUAACAUCGUUACGAGCAAUAAAGCGCACUCCAUUGCGAAACUUCAACACACAAGUCCGCCCUUGAGUCCCAUUUCAACGGAUGAUCGUCAACUCAGAACUCCCCCAUCAUCGACACUAAGUUUACUUCAUUCCGCCUUUUCGCAAUCUUUCGCAGGGGGAAAUCCUUUCAGCAGUUUGAGUGGCAGCGGGCGCAUGGAUAGCGGAUACAAAAGUGACACAAGCAUGUCGGAGCUCAUCUGUAAGCCAACUGUGCCGCAACAAAGCUACAUGGAUUUACUUAAACCAAAAAUGCCAAUGGGAGUCGCUCUUGGACCUCAUAGUGCGGAAAGUACGUUGAAUUUAAGUUGUCGCGAUAGUCCUUGCAGCUCCGGAUCAAGUGGUUUGCGCAUGGAAAUGGACAACGAUAAGGAUCCCAUGUGGCGUCCUUGGUAG